AUGGAGUACUUGCCUUCUAAGGUGGCGCUUCCUCAGAAAUUCCGCGCGGAGUGUCAGUCCAACGGCGCUGUCGGGAAUCAUCUGCCGGAUCUACGGAGCUCUCUUUCCCCCUCCUCCUCCGUCAAGGUCCCGCCGACUCCCUCCAGGAACGGUGAGGUUAAGCUCGUUUCUAAGAGAGGGAUGGAUCUCGAGGGGAAACCCUUCGCGAAGAUCAUCCAAGGGAACGGCGGCUAUGUGCUCGAGGACGUCCCUCACUUGACCGAUUACAUCGAUGAUCUCCCUGUAAGUUUCGGUUGCUGUUUCUUCGUGAAGUCGGAAGAGUCUUAGAACUCAUGUCUUCCUUUGCAAAUAAAAAUAAAAAAAAGAACAAAAAAAAUUAUUUCCCCGUGUCGUUGUAGGCGUUUGUUUGGUUUCUGAAACCCGUAGCAAGGAUUCUUGUUUUUACGAUUAUGACGGCCCAUAGUUGAUUUCCUCUAAUUGAUCGGUGGCUGAUCACAGCAUGAUAGACGAUUUUCUUAAGAAUUACACUACAAGUUCAACUCAUCCGAGGAUUUCGUGCCUUUGACAGAAAUAUCCAAAUCCGUUGCAAGACAAUCCAGCUUACUCAGUCGUCAAGUAAGUCCAUUCAGCAAGGGUCUGUUUCGCCGGUGUUUCUUUAUGCUUCGCGUCUGGAGUACUAAUUCGUGCAAUUUCAUGUUCUUGCAGGCAGUACUUCGUUAAUAUUGAUGAUACCGUCGCUCAAAAGGUAAAUUCAGUCUCCAAAAAUUACGCAUGGAGUCUUUUAUUAUCUUCUAUUGUGAUUUUAAUCCUUCCGAAACUCCACGCAAAUUGUACGUACUUUUUUGAAAUUGGUAUCCCAUUUAGUAAUUGCCACUCAUCUACGCAUGAGUCAUGAGCUCGGGGUGACAUUUUCUGUUGGGAAGUCUUUAUCGAAUCAUCAUUUAGAAUUUUAGUGAUAAGAUAUAGUUAUUUUAUUUUUCUAUCAAUUAGUUAUGGUAAAAAAUAGAAGUAGUAAUUAAUCCCCAUUAGUUGAAAUUACAGACUAAUAUUUCUGGUUUAUUAAUUAUUUGACAGAUUGUAGUUCACAAAACUAGCCCGAGAGGAACUCACUUCAGACGUGCAGGACCCCGGCAGAAGGUAUAUUUUUUAGCCUGGACGGUGUCAGGUAGAUAUGGAUAUCAAGUACUUACAGUUGUAUUUAAAUGAUCGCAGGUUUAUUUUGAAUCAGAUGAAGUGCGUGCUUGCAUUGUUACGUGUGGUGGCCUGUGCCCUGGACUGAACACUGUGAUUAGAGAAAUAGUUUGUGGAUUAUCUCAUAUGUAUGGAGUGACCAGAAUUCUGGGGAUAGAGGUGAGUAGUUGUAAUUUUUGCAUUCUCCUGGGCAGCAUAAACGACUUUCGAGUUUCUUCAUUUAUAGUGGUGAAUCCAGACGGAUAGACUAUGUCUUAUCACUUCUCCUAUUGAUUCUCCCAUUCUUGCAACCGUAUUCUGUCAUUAUGCAUCCGCUAAACACUUAAUCGAAAGUUAUCUUUAAAUUGUAUUAGACACUGAUCUGUUUUACAUGGAUAACAAACAAACAGAAACCCAUCUAAGGUGGCAUUAAAUUCGCGUUUAUGGAUGUCUGCUAAGGAGGGAAGUUGCUAUGUUUCAUAUGUAGAAGCAUGGCUCAUGGAAGUAGGAGAAUAGAACCUUCUCAUUGACAUCAAUGCAAUGAUGGAUGAGAUAUAUUUUGAACUGUAAUGGUGUCAGCUUUUUAUGUUUUCUUUGAUCAUAAUCUACACCAUCAUUGAUUGAUGCCAUUUAUGCCAAGUUUCUCUGUCUAGAAAGAAUCCAAGUGCAGUAACUGGUGCACAAUCUCUUAAAAGCAUUACGGAAUCUGCAGGGAGGAUACAAGGGUUUCUAUGCUCGCAACACCAUUCCCUUGACAGCUAAAUAUGUCAAUGACAUCCACAAGAGAGGGGGUACGGUUCUUGGCACUUCACGAGGUGGCCAGGACACUACAAAGAUCGUAGAUAGUAUCCAAGACCGGAGGAUCAAUCAGGUAAGUCUUAGGAGCAUGCGAACCUUUAUAUCUAUUUUCAUGGUCCAGUGAGUUCAAGCACUGUAAUUUACUUGUCUUUCAGGUGUAUAUUAUUGGGGGGGAUGGAACACAGAAGGGGGCAUCAGUAAUUUUUGAGGUAACAGCUGUUACCAAAGCAUUUUGUGUUAUUCAUUGGCCUUGACUGCAUUCAUCAACGUAUCACGGAAGGAAAAACUAAUGUUUUUUUGGCCUCUUUGGAUAUUUUUUUGGGCCCACACUCAUCUUUCCUUAUUAUAAUAUUCAUACAGGAAAUUGUAAGGCGUGGCCUGAAGGUUUCUGUUGUUGGAAUACCUAAGACCAUUGACAAUGACAUUGCGGUAAGCAGAUUAUCUACUACCUUUCCCUAUCAUGAGAAACUAAUCUGCUUUCGGCAGUGCUUGCUCUUUUCAUCGCUUCUUUACACUUCAGAGCCGUGUGUCUUCAGGUUAUUGACAGGUCCUUUGGUUUUGACACUGCUGUUGAAGAGGCACAGCGGGCCAUCAACGCUGCCCACGUUGAGGCUGAAAGCGGUGAAAAUGGCAUCGGUGUAGUAAAACUGAUGGGCCGCAACAGCGGUCAGUCUCGUCUGCCUAAUUAGCCGAACCUUUUGACGUCCUGUCUCAGAAUUGUUAGCACGCUGCUGAUUUUUAUAGUUGUAUCAUUUAGAUUAGCAUGCGAAGUCUUCACAUGUCCGAUACCUAUGGUUUUUAAGAGUUUUACGCCGUACUGAAGAUUGACUAACAGAGUCUUCUUCUCCCAUGUCUGUCUAGGGUUCAUCGCUAUGUAUGCUACUCUUGCCAGCCGAGACGUGGUAAGCCUUUUACCUCUUUCAAAGAUAGUUGAGCUCGAGCUCCCGAUUUCGGAUUUGUCAAAUAACAUAGCCCGAUGCCCAUUUUCCAGGAUUGUUGCUUGAUCCCAGAAUCCCCAUUCUACCUGGAGGGGCCCGGGGGACUCUUCGAGUUCAUAGAGAGAUGCCUGAAAGAACACGGCCACAUGGUCAUCGUCGUCGCCGAGGGCGCUGGGCAGGAGCUUAUCGCAGAGACGAUGCGGUCAGCGAACUCGAAGGAUCCCUCUGGAAAUAAGCUUCUUCUCGAUGUGGGUCUGUGGCUGUCUCAGAAGAUAAAGGUAGAUCUUGAUCCCAGCCUAUCGGCAGGUUUCUUCCUGGGAUCUGAUAUUCAUCUGCGAUAGUAACCGCCCGCGGACUUCUUCUCUGCAGGAUCAUUUUGCCAAGAAACCGAAGAUGGUGAUAAAUCUGAAAUACAUAGGUUCUCUUCUUAGAAAGCCCUUUUCUUUCCUCUACCCUCUGCCUCCUGAGCUUCUUGACCAGCUAGAUCUCACGGAAUGGGAUCCGUGUGCUCGCAGAUCCGACGUACAUGAUCAGGGCAGUCCCCAGCAACGCAUCUGACAACGUCUACUGCACGCUUCUGGCUCAGAGCGCCGUUCACGGCGCCAUGGCGGGCUACACGGGCUUCACAGUCGGGCCCGUCAACGGAAGGCACGCCUACAUUCCCUUCUACGUAAGUGUGCAUCGUAUCUCCUCUUCUUCCGUUAAUCUCCAUUAUUGGGCCAUGCCCCACCCACCUCGGUAUGUAUCUGAUGUAUGAUGGGCGCCGCAGAGGACGACGGAGACCCAGAGGAAGGUGGUGAUAACAGACAGAAUGUGGGCGAGGCUGCUUUCCUCCACCAAUCAGCCGAGUUUUCUCAGCCAUGAACACGUCGAAGACGAGGACGAGGACGACGGAAUGCAUGAUAACAGCAGCCAGUUGGCGGACGGAGCGAGCAGCGGAGGCGGCGGCGCCGCCGAGAAUGGCAACAUCUGA